AUGCCUUCUACUGAUUCCUUGUCGGAUCCCCAGGAGUAUGAAAAGAUAUUCCACUGGGCUGAGACCCAAAAGGAUGGAACUAUCCCUUCCUUUAAUACAAGACGUAACGAUCCUUAUGAGUAUCAAUCCGGCUUUGGCAAUUCCUUCGAAUCUGAAGCCAUUCCGGGAACUAUUCCCCAGGGCCAAAACAGCCCUCGCAAUGUGAGGUUUGGUCUUUACGCCGAACAAAUCACAGCCACUGCUUUUGUCGCCCCCCGACACUGCAAUAAGAAAGCGUGGCUAUACCGUGUCCGCCCUGCUGUGGCUCACCAGGGAUUUACGGAACUUCCAGAUAAUAAAGACACCGAGGCAAACUUCCUGCCCUUGAACCCUCGCAUCCAUGUAUCCCCUACCCAGCUAGCAUGGCACCCCUUUGAUAUCCCUACAGGCGAAGAUGUCGACUUCGUUUCAGGAUUGAAGACUAUCGCCGGCUCGGGUGAUCCCACACUGCGCGAAGGCUUAGCCACACACGUCUACGUCGCCAACUCAAGCAUGAAGAAGAAGUCAUUUGUUAACUCCGAUGGUGAAUUCCUCAUUGUUCCCCAGCAGGGAGCACUCGACAUUCAAACCGAAUUCGGUCCUAUCUUUGUGCAGCCAGGCGAGAUUGUUAUCAUCCAACGUGGUAUCCGUUUCAGCGUCAAUCUUCCGGAUGGCCCAUCGCGUGGAUACAUCCUCGAGGUCUGGGGUACACAGUUCGAGCUCCCUGAGCUGGGACCCCUUGGUGCUAAUGGUCUUGCGAAUGCCCGGGACUUCUUGAGUCCUAUUGCUCAAUAUGAGGUCAUUCAAGAGCCGUGGGAGAUUAUUUACAAGCUUAGCGGCAAGUUCUUCAAGAGUACUCAGAACCACAGCCCAUAUGAUGUUGUAGCCUGGCAUGGAAACUAUGUCCCCUAUAAAUAUGACUUGACCAAGUUCGUCAACGUCGGCUCCAUCUCUGUGGAUCACAUCGAUCCGUCUAUCUUCUGUGUCCUCACAGCCAAAUCCCGCGAUCUCACCGCACCUAUUGCUGAUUUCCUUACUUUCUCUCCUCGGUGGGAUGUUGCCUCACACACAUAUCGACCUCCCUAUUACCACCGCAAUGCCGCAUCCGAGUUAAUGGGUCUAAUUUACGGCGGUUACGGUGGCCGCUCGGAUGAAUUCCAGCCUGGCAGUGUGUCAUUCGAAUGUGGCAUGGUCCCACAUGGCGUUGCCUAUGAAGAAUUCAAGGAAGCCACUGAUAGUGCACCCCCAGCGAUGCAGAUAUCCCAGGCAUCGAUUGCGUUCAUGUUCGAGUCUUGCCGUGCCUUCACAAUUACCGAUUACGCAUGGAACAGCGAUAAGAAGCACGAGCAUGAGCCCAAGAUGUGGGAUAGCUUGGUGGACAAUUUCUCUUCGCACGCCAAGGAAGUCGAAGAGAUUUUGGCCAAGAAGGCGAGGAAAUAG